AUGUCCGGAUGGCAAAUGGGGUCAUGUGAACAAAAAUGUCCCAGUGACGAGCCUUGCAAGCAGCAAUGCAGAUGUCAGAACGAUGGCAAGUGUAACUUCAUCACCGGCGAGUGUGAAUGUACUCCCGGAUGGACUGGAGAGGUGUGUGCAAAUAGCGGUUGUGGGAGGACGUGUGAAUGUGGGAACGGCGCGGGCUGCCACCACGUCACCGGGCAAUGCCAGUGCGAGGCCGGCUUCACUGGAGAAAAGUGCACGGAGGCGUGUCCGCCGGGGCAGUACGGCGCGGGGUGCGCGGGGCGGUGCGCGUGCGAGCACGGCGGCGAGUGGUCGUGCCUGUGCGCGCCGGGGUACCGCGGGCUGCGCUGCGAGGAGCCGUGCCCCGCGCCGCAGUACGGCGACAACUGCGCACACACCUGCCACUGCCACAACAACGCCACCUGCUCGCACGAGACGGGCCACUGCGACUGCCCGCCGGGAUUCGAUGGUCUGAAGUGCGAUCGUCCGUGUGACGGGAAAACUUACGGCCUAAGAUGUCGUCAGCCUUGCAACUGUGAAAACGACGCCCCCUGCAACCCCGUUAAUGGGGAGUGUUUGUGCGGCGCGGGGUACACGGGCGCGCGCUGCGAGCGGCGCUGCGCGGCGGAUGUUUUGGGGAAAAAGCUUUUUUAUGACACCGUCUGUGACAACUCUACUAGGCCACGUAAAAAUGAAGAUAUCACUAACAAUUUGAUACAAGUCGGAGAUGCAAUGCAAGUGUUGUAUUUAUCUUUGAAGAAUAGCAAAAACAAUGGAACUAAACAUGAUGGGAAGAAAUUACAAUCCAAUGAAGAAUUUUAUAAAGGCGCUUUCAAUAGUUGUCUAACUUUUGAAUUUGAAGGCGUGCGGUGCGAGACGCAGUGCCCCGCGGGGCGGUACGGCGAGCAGUGCUCGGAGCGCUGUCCUUGCGCCAACAACUCGUCGUGCGACGCUGGCACGGGGCGAUGCCAGUGCGCGGCGGGCUGGCGCGGCCCGCACUGCGACCAGCCCUGCCCGCCCAACCACUACGGCGCCGGCUGUCUGCAGAUGUGCCCUGAAUCUCCUGAUGGCAACACAACAUGCGACCCCGUGAGCGGCGAGUACUCGUGCCCGAGCGGCUUCACCGGCCUCGCCUGCGAGUUCCCCUGCCCGCUCGGCACCUACGGCCUGCACUGCGCUCACAAGUGCGACUGCAAGAAUGGCGCGGAUUGUCAUCAUGUUACCGGCGAGUGCCAGUGCCUGCCGGGGUGGCGCGGCGCGCGCUGCGGCGAGGCGUGCCCGGCGGGCUGGUGGGGCGCGGCGUGCUCGCAGCCGUGCCGCUGCGCGCGCGGCGCCGCCUGCCGCCCCAACGACGGCUACUGCCGCUGCCCGCCCGGCUACACCGGCAACUACUGCACGCAGUUCUGUCCGGAGGGGUACUUCGGCGACCACUGCAUGGAGGCGUGCGCGUGCCCGGCGCGCGGCAGCUGGCAGUGCGAGCCGGUGCGCGGCUGCGUGUGCCGGCGCGGCUACGUGGGCGAGCACUGCGACACGCACGCCGCUGACGCCAUACACAUCGACCACGCCGCAGUAGGAUCAUCAAACGCCGGCUUGACAACGGUGAUGGUGAUAAUGGUGCUGCUCUGCGCGGCCGCCGCCAUCCUCGUGCUGCUCUACUACCGCAAGCGCGUGCGCAACCUCAAACGAGAGAUCGCGCACGUGCACUACACUGCCGACCCCAAUCAGCCGCCAGAGCAACACUUCGACAACCCGGUGUACUCGUUCCAAGGUUCAACACGCAGCGACGAGAGCGCGUCCACAUUGUUGAACAACUCCAACAAGAUAUUCAACAACUUGAACGCGGCCAAACUCAAUAACGCCACCCUCGAGAAGUUGAGGAUGACCGCCUCCAGCUCCAGUGACACUUAUGACCCGCUGUCGUCGCUAAAGAAUAAGGACGCGGACGCGACCAACCCCAACUUGUACCACUGCAUAGAUGACGACAAGCUGGACCACGUGUACGAUGAAAUCAAACACAAGGAGGGAUAUGAAAUGGAAUACGAUCACUUGAACUACACCCCGCCGGCGAACACAUGGAAACCGCACUACCAGAGGAUGAACAACGACCUUCCCGCAGUACACAGGGUGCAGAGCUACCCCCACCCCGAGCACCCCGAGCACCCCUCCGCGGUGGCACUGCCCACCCCGCCCAUACCACCCUUGCCCAAACUGAACAUGACACCCAUACCACCGCCGCGCGCCAUCGACAGUAUAGAGGUGCCAGUCCCACCCAAAAGGGAAGAAGGAGCAUCCUGUAUUAAUGAUGAGGAGAACCAAACACCCUGAUGAUAUCUCUAAGGUUAUUUCUAAAGCAAUAUUUGUGCAAAUUAGUAUGACUUUGUCAAUUUAGAAAAGAGUAUUAGAUAUUUUGAUAUGCCUUUUGGAAUUUGUGCAUCAAAAUUGUUUUAUUAGAGAUUUUAUGUAAACGAAAAAUUGCAAUUAAUAUCAAAAUAAGUUUAAUUUACUUUUAGGCAGUUGAUAAAUAAGAUUAAAAAUACAUUUUGGCUUUAAUUUUCGCUCAUACUAAAAGGCAGCUUAACCAUGUUCUCAAGUUUUUAGGAAAAUAGAAAAAUAACUUUAUUAUGAUAAAAUAUUAAUUCACUCAUUUUACAUUUUGCUUACAUAAAAUCUCGUACAACGAGUGCAUAAAAACAUGAGACUUCUUAGAGCUGGUUUCAUUCACUAAAAUUGCUGUACAGGUCUAAAAGACCUGUUAAAUUUUCCUUAUGUAAACCUGUAGACACGUGACGUCAUCAAUCCCAAGUAUCAUGUUAUUGUACACGAGUUGUAUAAACAGGCU